AUGACGGCCUCGGACGGCGAUAACAACGUGCUGGUCCAUCCUCUGAUGCAGUGCGUGCUGAACGCCAUGGGCGAGUACAACAAUCUGGAGAUGGCGGCCGCCUCGGUCGCCCUGGGCCUGCUGCCCACCAUCCAGCAGAGCCUGGGCAGCACCACUGUUGGUGGCCGCAGGUACACCGUCUCAACAGGAGCAGCAGGAGGAGGCGUGUCUGUGGUUGCUGGAGCAUCCGAGGUCAGGGUCGUCCUGAACCUCCGGCGGUCCUUGUGGCCUCUGGUCAGCCUGGUCGAGUACGCCAUCAUCUCCUGUGCAGUAGCCAACGUGGGCCAUCUAGCGUACCAGCUCAGCGUGCACGCCGUGCUCGUCUGGUCGCCGACGUCUCUUAUCCCGGUGCCCCUGUGGACAUUUCUCGGGGUCGUCAUACAUAUGGCCGGCAUGCUGGCUAUGGUUCUACUGAUCAGGCAACAGCAGAAGCACUCAGCAAGAGGGGGUGGACGACACCAUCCUGAAGCAAGGGCGACAUCCUUCUACAAGACCUUCGGCGUGACAGAGUUCGUGCCAUGCGCUAUGCAGGAGAUAGGGCCAAUCACUGCGGCGCUGGGUCUGCUAUUUUAUCUGGUGACAUGGCUUCUUGAACUGGGCACGACUGGGCAUGUUUUGUUCGGCACUCUGAUGCUUUCUAGUCUGCUGUUCUACAGCGUGGACGAUGCUGCGGUCAUCAUCGCGCGACAGGCUGUGAACAAGGAGAAGGACAGAGACCAUGAAACGAACAUUUGA